AUGAAGACGGCAUCGGCUGCGCUGCUCGCCCUCCUUGGCGCGACUCAAAUCGAAGCCCACGGCCGCAUGCUCUCGCCCCUCCAGCGCGGCUCGAUGUUCCGUCUCUCGCAGUUCAGCUUUGUGCCCGAAGACUGGGACGACGAUGGGCUCAACGCCGGCGGCAUUGGCUCCAAGCACGGCGUCUGCGGUGACCCGUACGGCGGCACACGCCACCACGAGACGGGCGGCAAGUACGCUCUCUUCCCAAAGUACGGCGAGAAGGCGAUCGCGGCCUGCUACAAGCCGGGCUCGACCAUCGACAUCGACAUCCAGAUCACGGCCAACCACCGCGGUAGCUUCACGUUCGGCCUCUGCAAGCUCAAUGGCAAGAACGACAAGGAGACCGAAGAGUGCUUCACGGAGCUCAAGCGUCCGAACGGCGAGACCAAGUGGAAGCUGCCGGGUGGCAACAAAAACUUCAAGAUGCAGUACACCCUCCCGGAGGGCGUGACGUGCAGCGGUGACGCGCACUGCGUGCUGCGUUGGUGGUAUACCGGUGGCAACAACCCGGGUGGCGCCGACCAGCAAGAACAGUUUUGGAACUGCGCAGACAUUUACAUUAGCGACACGUGCGACCCGUCCAAGAACCCGAACGUGACGCCCGUGCCCACGGACCGCCCGUCGCCCAACGAUGGCGGGUCGAGCUCUGCCUGGGACGAGGAGCCCACGGACGCGGUCAAGCCAACGGCCAAGCCAACGGCCAAGCCGACAACCAAGCCGACAACCAAGUCCACAACCAAGCCGUCUGAGAGGUCCACAAAAAAGCCAUCGGAGAAGCCCACGAUGAAGCCAUUGGAGAAGCUCACGAUGAAGCCAUCAGAGAAGCCCACGAUGAAGCCCACGAUGAAGCCAUCGGAGACGCCCACGAAGAAGCCCACGAUGAAGCCAUCGGAGACGCCCACGAAGAAGCCAUCGAAGAAGCCCACGAUGAAGCCCAUUGAUGUCAAGAACGCCAAGAAGGCAUGGGAGCAGUGCGGUGGGAAAGACUACACGGGCAACACCAAAUGCGUUUCGGGGACGAUCUGCUCCACGAAGGACGAGUGGUACUCGCAGUGCAUCCCUAAACGUCUGCGCUAA